AUUCCAACCGCAUACGUACAAUACGAGGCCGCAACCUUCCCGUAUAGGAAGAACUACGCGAGGAAGAAGAGGCGACUACGGACCGAGGAAGGAAGCGCGAUGGGGAAGGAGCUGCAGCUGCUCUUCCUCGCGGCCACAGUCGCCGCCGCGGCCAUCCUGACGACCGCGUCGGCGAAGAAGUCCCGCGACGUCACGGAGCUCCAGAUCGGCGUCAAGUACAAGCCAGAGUCAUGCACCCUUCAAGCACACAAAGGCGACCAGAUUAAAGUUCAUUAUCAUGGGACACUCACUGAUGGAUCAGUAUUUGAUUCUAGCUACGACAGAGGUGACCCCUUUGAAUUUACUCUUGGAAAUGGCCAAGUGAUAAAAGGUUGGGACCAAGGAUUACUAGGUAUGUGUGUCGGUGAAAAGCGGAAGCUAAAGAUACCUGCAAAGAUGGGUUAUGGUGAACGAGGCUCCCCACCGAAGAUUCCAGGUGGAGCGACUCUGAUCUUUGAUACGGAGCUUAUUGCUGUCAAUGGAAAGACAUCUGGAUCUGGCGGUGCAAACGCUGAAAGCAAUAGCGAGCUUUAAAACAUUGAAGAGUUUCAACUCGUGCGUGUAGCAGCUUCACAAACAGUGGCGCGCUGCCUAAUUUUCCAUUAGACAAAAGGGUUGCUGCUUCCUUCAUGUGUUUUAGAUGUCACAAAGACAAGUCAGGUUAAGCCAAAUCAUCUGUUUAAGCGAUUUGCCGCACUGUCAAUGUACUCUGCAAUCAUUUUUUUCGCUUGAUUGGAUAAAAACUGAUUUGUCUUCAACAUUACGACCUGUUUGCAUUGUAGCCGUUAACGCAGAUCAACACCUUCUAAAGAUUCAAAUGUGGCCGUGUUGAAACAAGGAGUAUUUGCACAUGAGUGAUCA